UAACAAGCAGCGCUUUUUUUUCUGUUUUUGCGGCGUUCAUUUGAGGAACCACCUAAAGAAGUUAGUUCGCUGCCGUGUGUCAUCGGCGCAACUCCUUUCUGCAAAGGGUCCUUCGGAGUAACAAAGGGGGUUUCCUGCAAAGGACUUUACUUUUGCCCGUGUGUCAGGGGUAUUAAAUGAGUUUGCGGGCGCCCGUGUGACGGUGGUAUGGCACUCUCUCCGUGCGAAUGGUACGUACGGCCGGAGCAAAAACUGCCAGCGCGCGCAAACCUCGCACGAUUCAGGGACACCUAUAUUGAGCGGUGUCGUUCGCCGUUAUCGGCGGCGCCACUCCUGGCGGCGUCAUUUGACAACGUUAUCGGUAGUCACGUGUCAGCGAACGAACGCAAGAAACGCCGACCUGUGUGAGACCCUGGCAUUUUCUCUCUGCCGUUGCCAUGCCUGAUCACGGACGGCGAGUUCUGCACCGAGUGUGCGACUCGGUGAGCGGCGUCAACUGGCGCCCGACGCGGUUCGCGGACGAGUCAACGUUGAAUCAUUACGCCUGCUGCGUUUGCCACGUGAUUCCAAGCACGACGGUCCUGCUGCCCUGUUCUCACGCCCUGUGCGAGCAGUGCCGGGCAGGCUCUGCCGUCCAAGAUGGCGGAAGCGUCUGUCCCCUAGACGGAGAGCCCUUCUGCGAAGACGAUUGCCAGAAGCUGCAGCUCCCAGAAAGAAAGAAGCAGAACCUCAAGGCUUACUGCUGGAAUGAAGCCCAAGGAUGCAAUUUCGUCGGCCCCCUGUCGGCGCUGCUCCGACACUUUGAGGAAGAAUGCGCCUUCCACACGUUCCCGUGCCAACAGUGCGGCGAGAACGUCCCGAACAGUCAGCUAGCAGCCCACUACAUCGGCGGAUGCAGCAAGGGAUCAUCGCCAGGUGGCGCCACCGUCGUUACCGAUGACAUAGCUGCGGCUCGGCAAGACGUCGCGGAGCCAUGGAGGAAUACGUAUGAAGACGACAUCUCGACGCUUCAGAGUCAAGUGAACGAGCUCACGCAAGCUGCCAGAAUCCAAGGCGCUCAGCUGGAGGAGUUGAACGCCGCGCUGGCGGCAAGCCUCGAGUCCCUGAAUGCCAACGUUGCGUUGGCCGCCGAGAAAUUCUCCGAGACAAUUAGCGAGGCCUCGCAGACGCAUCAGCGCAUGCUCACUUGGAAAGCAGAGGAAAGGUCACUGGCAAGAGAAAGUGAGGGGGUUGGCAGAGCAAGUUGUUCUGAUGCAGAGACGCCAUGGCGCGAGGAAACGAGGGACAUUCUUCGAAAUUUGGAAAUAUGUUCCAGGGAGUCACUGUCCUUCCUGGAAUGCAUGUACAGAGUGCUAAAAAAAUCAAACGAUUGGUUUGUGACAGUUCAAGUGUUUCCAGUGCCACCUAAAAUCGACAACCCGACUGCAGGAAUGGGCGAAUCAUGCUCGCCCAGCCGCGUAAAAGUGAAAGAAGCAGUUUAUCUUGUGUUCGUAUCAUACGCCAGAGACAUUCGUAAUAUGUCGUACCCUUAUUAUGCUGCGACCCACUUGCAUCGACAAGGAGCUUGGUGCAGAGUUCUCUUCGGCUUUUUGCCUCACCCAAUUGGCAAAUACGGCCUCGGAUUCUAUUGGCAUAGGCAGCAGGGAACUAUCAGCAAUAUGCCGCGUGUAGUUAGGGUAUCAGUACUACACAAGGGUUUUUAUAUUGUUUUACCGCUAGCGGAAGAAUGUGAGCACUCACUGCAGUACACGCUCCUCGGCGAGUGGAUCGAUUGUGAAGCUGCAGGACAACUUACACUUAAAAUCGUCGUACGUGAUUGAGCAGUAGCGCACCACUCACUCCGUUAGUCGUCGACGCUUUGGCGGCCUUGUCCAUUACGAGGCUCCAAGCCAGCAAACACUCCAAUAUUGUGUUGAAUGAUGGAGCAGGAGCUUCCACACACUUUCGAGUGUUCGAGCCCCGGCUCGUCUCUGCAUUCUUGAACGGAGCGAUGAAGGAAGCAGCUUCCUCUGCGCAAAGCAGCGGGGAGGGGGGGGAGACGGGCUGUAGGUGCCUGCCUCGUUCUCGCCCCUACCACAUCUGAGCCACUUCACCAUUUCAGCUUCAGCAGCGGACGAAAUGAACAUGUCCAUUAGGUGAUCAUUUACCGCAUAGCCUGCCCCCCACCCCCCGCCCCAGAUUUGUACUAAGUACAGGGCUCCACAUCUACGUUAGCUACAUGUACGUUAAUUGUUCGAGCAACAUGGGUGGGACUCUAAGUUUGAGAUACUGUACAAGGGUUUGUGUUCCAGAUUGUGUUCUUGAGUUACAUUUAUGGCACUUAUUAAACUUACAAAACUGGACAAGUUGGUGUCAACUCAUUGUAAGGCAUGACGUAUGACAAAAAAAUAAACACCAGGAAACCUGCUGCAAUAGUGGUAGUGGGACUUCGUCAAUAAACCUUUUUGUUGAUUAUUUAUUUAGAACAAAUUUCUGUCUGUUUAUUUCUUAAAAAGCGCGUGCCUACUCUUGCGACCUUCCCGCUCCCUUUAUACAGAGCUCGGAAAUCUAGCUGCGCAAAUAAAGGCGCCUGUGGUCGUUGGCGGAAAGACAGAUACAAGCCUUGCUUGUCACUCACUUGACUGAAGCUCGACAUUUAGUUUACCUUAAAAGAUAAACAGCACGGAAGCUAGCUCCCGUGCUCUUUAUCUUUCAUGACUAAGUAAAUAUUUUGUACUACUACUGCUAAUGACCCGCGCAUUUCCGUUACGUCCCCAAGGGAAUGCUGGCUCUGUGGCCGGAAAUAAUUUUUUGUAUGACUAGUGGCACCGUCGUUACGGUGGAGCAAAACAAUGUCCCCGCCAUAGGAAGUCUUUCUCUUACGCUUAUAGGGCGGGGAAAUGAGACAGCUUGGAACACUGUUGAAUUUAAGAAUGGUCUGUGCGCACGUUGUGGUGUUCCUUAUCAAAGUGU